CGUGAAGACAAAGUUAAACACAUGAUGAACGAAUCUAAUAUCGAAAUGAACGACAAGAACGAAGGAAAGAAAGAAGAGAUCGGAUCUGGUCUAAGUCGUGAUUGGUCUGAGUUGAAUAAGGAAUGUCUCAUCGACAUAGUUUCGCGGAUAAGCCUGGAAGAACGUUGGAGAGGACCUAUGCUCGUAUGCAAGCCUUGGAUGUACGCUUGCGACGACCAGUCUCUCAACUCGGUCUUUGAUCUAGAUACUUGGUUCGAGGGAUCUCGGAUUUCGAAUCUUUGGUUUAGUUACGAGUUUGAGCAGAAGGUUGACUCUUUUCUCCGGUGUGUUGUGGAUCGAAGCCAAGGUGGUCUCAAGGAGAUCCGUGUUAGGCACUGUUCGGAUCAAUCUUUGUUGUACGCUGCUGAGAGAUGCCCUAGUUUGGAGGUUUUAUGUAUUACAAGCUGCUUAAGUGUCACAGAUGCAUCGGUAACAAAGAUAGCUGCUAGCUGCCCUAAUUUGGAGGUUGUAUGGAUUAAGAGCUGCUUAAACGUUACAGAUGUAUCGAUGGCAAAGUUCGCUUCCAACUGUCAUAAGCUUAGGGAGCUCGAUAUCAGCCACUCUAUUGAAAUAAGUCAAAAGGCUUUAAAAAUGGUUGAGGGGAGUUGCAAGAACGUGAAGAUCAUCACAGAACCUCCAUCAAAUGUUAGACUAUCUCGAGAUGAGGCUAGUAAGUUUGGACUAUCAGUACGAAGUAUUACAAGGCGUGAACUAUUGGAGCAUAUCAGAAAUUUAAAUACGAAUGACUCUUGACAUCUACCUUCUCCAGCCUUCCUUUCCAUUUUCUUGAGGGGCUUUUGAUUGAUGUGUGUGUGUGUUCGACUCUGCUUCUAUUUGGUUUUGUUUUCUUUUGUUUAAUUAGUUGAUAUUUUUCUAGCAGUACUUUGUUUGAAAACUUUAUUUUACAUACCAAAAUGAUACCAUGAAACUUAAAAUCUUUUGUAUAACUCAGGGCCGGUUCUAAGGACGGAAGAUGUUAGAUGCUUAAUAUGUA